CCCAAACGCGCGGUCUGCGCCAUGGCAUCGGUACUGCCACUCCCAAAGGUCAAGAAGGCGCACCUCAGCGUCCCUUCUGACCUCAACACCUUCGCACGCGGCGACUCGGGCAGCAACUCGGGCGCCGCGGCGACCUCGCCGCGGGACGAUGAUCGCCGCAUUUCGCGCAUCGCGGAUAUGGUGCUGCCACGGCCGGAUAUGGAAAGCAAACCCAUGAAGGAGGUCUCCAACGGCUCCACCGAUUUGCUGCAGAGCAUGAAGCAGACCAUCGUGGGUCGCGUGCCGGUGCUCGGAUGGUUGCCGUACUACAACUUCAAGCGAGACUUCUUCUAUGACUUCAUCGGUGGCGCCACCAUCGCACUGAUCUGCCUGGUGCAGACGCUGGCGCAUGCGGCCAUCGCUACGACCAAGGUCAUUCAAGGACCUUAUUGCGCUUUCGUGCCACCCUUUGUUUACGCCAUGUUGGGCACCUCGCCCCAUGCGUCCAUUUCUUCGGGCGCCAUCGCUGCCAUCCUUUUAGCCGAUCAG